AUGCCACUGGACUGCACCGUCUGGCGGCGACUCCUGGGCAACCAAAAGAUCGGCUGCCUGGACGGCACGCGGUAUACGGGGCGCGCCGUGGUCCGCCUCGCGGUGAGCCGCAAGCCGCUCGACCAGCUCUCACUGGUCCGCGCUGUGCCGCCGCUCUCGUCGAGCAGCAUGCUGCGCCCGCUCACCCAGAAGGUCCGCGAGGGCGAGGCGGUGCGCGCCGCCGUGGAGGCUGAGCAGCCCGAGCUGGCGGCCAAGCUGCGCGCCGACAUGUGCGAGGCGGCUCGACUCGAGCGCUGCCGCCACACGGUCGCGCACGAGGAGAUGCUCGCGUCGAUCGAGGGCGGCCUCGCCUACUUUGCGCUCGCUGUCUGCCGCACCGCCGAGGGGGACGUGCACAAGUACCGUCGCGCGGGUGUGAUCUCGUCGUGCUACAUCGAGGUGAUGCUCACGCGCGACGGCAAGCUCAUCACGCGCAACGGCUGCAUCUCGUUCACGAUGUUCGGCGACAUUUGGACUGGCGACCGGCACGCGGUGGGCUUGGAGAAGGCGAAAGGGUUGAUGCGGCGGCAGCUGCAGCGCGGCUAUCGAGCCGUGUCGUGAGUGCGCCGAUGCCGGCACAGUCUCUUCUACCCCUCGCCCCCGUGGCAGAAGCACCCGGGUGGUCCGAGGGGUGCUAGAGCCCAGCGUCGGAGACGACCGCACGCGCACGAGAUUGAGCAGCUCAGAGCGAGCCGCGAGCAGCGAGAGAGAGUGCGAGACUGCGAGCGCGCGCGGGUCGCGACGGCCCGAGAGAGCAGAGUGUCGUGAUAUUCGUACCUUUGGG